AUGGCUGAGCGGCGGAAAAGAGGGAGGCCCAGGAUUGAUGCGAGCCUCGAUAACUGGUUCGGCGUCGAGGAUGCCAGAGAGAGGAAGCGGAUACAAGAUAGACUGGCGCAGCGAGCGAGAAGUAGGUCGUUGCAUCUCUGUCCCCUCUCCAUUUCUCUUUGGCCACUAGCCCCACAUCCAUUGCGAAAGGUGGCACACGGGUCUCUGAACAAAUUGUUGAUGACCAGGCCACCAGGAAACCGCCAGCUGGUCCGAGUGAAUAAGGUGACCGAAACCGUCAGCGACGGUGGUAUCAUCCCUGCUACAACUCCUCGCCAUAGGCCGACUGGCCCUUCGUGGCAGACAGGCACCGUUGCAAAGGAAGUUGCAGACACGCCACCAAUAUCGGACCCGUCGCGUCAAGCGAACACACUCGAGGUUGUGCGUGCGACCCUGUCUCUAACAAAUCCUUCUUUGAUGCGAAAUGCUCUCUACGGAAUGACCACAGACCACCAUUUCCUUUCUUGGCCGGCCUGGGCCAUCUAUUCCACCCUGGGCCAGCACGGCGAAAUGCAAGGCACGAGUUGCAGCGACUGUUGGGAGGAAGCAAAGUCGCCUCUAGAGUAUCUGGCUCUUCCAGAUUCGCUCCGGCCAUCACCCCUGCAGCUAGCCAUGCCUCAUCAGCGCUGGAUUGACCGGUUCCCCUUUCCUCGACUACGGGACAACAUGAUCUUGCUAGGUGGCCUGAUUGAUCUAAACGAGUUCGUGCGAGACCUGUUUGGAAUGGCCAGUCUGAUUCUCCGACAGGAGGUCCACCGCGCAACGUGGGAUCCAGAGGCAUGGGCCAUGGGUGCUGAGUUCUCCUCUAAAUGGGGAUAUCUGUUCCAGUAA